GGUCUCGUGCCUCUGCCUGACGGUAUCUCAGUUUAACUCUUUUUCCUUCCAUAUCCUCCACGUAUCCUUGACGUUGCAUCUGUGCCAACCUGGCAGCGACACUGGACUUGUAUUUGCGCAAUUGGGAGGUUUACAAUCCGUAUUCCUCCCCUUUGACCCCUCUUUACAUGGCUAAUGCUCGUGUCUGCACAGAACGUCCGUACGCGGAAAGACAGUCUGCUGAAGGCGUUGCGCAAACUAGAUCCCGACGUCAUACGGAACCAACUCCGAUCCUCACCUUGACUGACCUCCCAAGCAUUGGAGUCGGGGGAGAGUCUAUCGAGAGGCCUUCCGGCGAUGGCCACUUCGAAGUACAGGUCACUGGGCAGACCCAGGAUGCUCGUUAUUCCACAGAUAUCUUGCCUGAUGCCUCUUCCUCGGCUGGCUGUAGUUACAUUGACCACCUCCCUUCCGACGCUUCACAUCUGUCGGUUGGAACACCCAGCAAGUCUGUUGGUGAAUCAGAAGGCCAGAGUAUGGAGGGUGGUGGUGGUGGUGGUGGGCGUGUGGCCAAGAGGAAGCGAAGUAGAGUCACACCCGGACAGUUAGCCCAGCUGGAGCGGGCAUUCGCAAAGGACCGCAGCCCCACGGCUGCGAAGAGAAAGGAGAUUACUGAAAUGCUGGGUAUGCAAGAGCGUCAGACGCAGGUCUGGUUUCAAAAUCGCCGAGCGAAAGCAAAGCUCCUCGAACAGCGUGCCCGUGCCAGUCGAUUGGGAGGCCAUCCUCGAUUGGAUCCCUCUUCCCCCUUGGGCAGUUCGUCAGCCUCGACGCUGUCGGACCCGGAGCUGCGUGCGAUGUUACAUGAAGACGAUCCCAUAUUCGUUGUGCCCUGCUCGGAUUUAUCGAUAGGGUCAUUUCGUCGUAUAUCUGCCGCCCACUAUGAUCUCCUGGGUUAUACGUGUGAAAACAGACGGACCUUCUCUUGGUACAUAUACUCUGCGGGAACGGGUUUUAAGAUGGAUAUCCCCUACGAGUCUAUCAGUGCGACUGAAUAUGCUGACGAUGCACAACCAGGGCAAGGGCGAGUUGCUCUGCAUCUCACUCAAACUCCUACCUUCUUUCGUGAAUCGGCAAGCCCAAGUGAUUCUCCAUCAGCACCAUUACGAACUUGGCAACCCUGCGAUGAUUGGACAGAAGGUCGGCAGGCUACGUCGUGCUUGCGCCAUGAGGUUGUUGGGGCUGCUGCUCUGUUGGAGCAGGUCUUAUCGUUGAUGCGUGUUGAUCCUUUCUCACCUAUGUAUGCCGCCGCCAACCGGUCCUCCUCAUCUUUUUCAAGUUCUGGCCCUUCAUCUUCGAGACAUUCGCCAGUCAACAGUAUUUCAACCCCUGCACUCCCCCAAGUAGGACUAGUUGCCUCUGCACUUGCACCACCAUCUUCGUACGUGGAUCCUUUCGGCCCCCGUGGCUCGCACAUUGGUCAUGGUCGCAGACGUUCCCGCUCCAACCCCACACCUUACGAGCCUCGUCGUCACUCACUCCCCACACGCGUUGCCGUGUCCGCUGGUCUGUCACGCCGAUCAACAUUUGCCGAACAGCAGAGAGGCCCACGCACAGAUCAUCAGACGUUCUCCGAUCUUGAGUUCCUACCUUAUUCCUUCAACCCCUCCUCAGAUCUGCUCGACGAUGUCGCAUUAGGUGACGCCUCUACAGUUCCGAUUGCACGCCCGAUCUCACGACGUUACACCUCUACCACUGCUUCCUCAUCUGUCCAUUAUCCAUCCCGCCCUGGAACAUCCUCGUCUUUUACUCCCAACACGAGUGACAUGUCACAUAUUGUCAGUGCCCCACAGAUGGGCCAUUACCAGAGCGACUCGUCACAGUUCUCGCAUAUUGGUCAUGAAGGAAUGCACUCACCAUCCUCGCCUUGUCCCCAUCCCCUGACGCAACCCAAUACUAGCCUGCCGUAUCAGCUUCCUCCAGACCCUGCGCUCACACAAUAUGGCUUGCACACCACAGUUGACAUGGGAAGCAUGGAGGAUGUAGAUUUCGAUGUUCUCAGAAACAUGAACGCAGUGUCAUCGGACGUUAUCUCACCAGAGCGAGCAAUAGACGGGCCCGGUUCAAUGCACAGUGGCUUUGCAUCGGAUUAUAUACCCCCUGACAGUCAACAGAAUCCCCUGAUACCCACCGAACCUCUAGCUGAUCUUCCAGCACCUCUGUCCCAAGGCAAUUACCUAGCGUAUUUCCCCUAACUUUUUCCAAUCCAUUGAGUGGUCAUAUGUGCCACUCUAGUCACUCCUUCAAGAAUUCAGACCGUUCGUCAUUAUUGUCAUUGUCAUCACGUUGGGUCGUCAUUCUUUUAACACUUCUCCGCUACUUUCUU